UGUCAUUGUGUCAUUGUCAGAUCGCCUGUCGGUGGGGAAGCUUUCUUAUUCGGGAGUUGGUUAGUAUAGUAAGGCAACGUCACGAUAAAAACGCCGUUGCAGAUAAAUAAAAUAGUGGAAUUAUUAUACUUUUAAUCUAAGAAGUCUCUCUUUUGAUUCCCACAUAACAAGCUACAAGGAGGCGCGCAGCCACAGUGAUCAUGAUGAAGAAACUGUUUCAUCUAGUUGGAGCCAUUCAAUUUUUCUAUGGAUGUUACUAUGACUACGUGUAUGUCAAUAUACCAGCAACUCCAACAUCAUUUACACCUUAUGGAGGCAAAUUCAAAUAUUUAACAUAUCUAGAUGCGAUGAUACAAACUGCAUACUUCACUCUGGCAUUCCUCAAUGAUAUUGUUGGAAAUAAUGAGCCAUCACCGUCUGAGAAGCCCCUCAUAAGGAGAUUGAAGGACAGAGUGUUCAGUGCUCUAGCUUUCCCAUUAGCAAUAUUUGUUGGAGUAUCAUUCUGGGCCAUAUAUGCCAUUGAUAGAGAGUUAAUUUUGCCCAGAAGCAUGGAUGCAUACUUCCCACUGUGGCUUAACCAUGUGAUGCAUACAAAUAUAGUUGUGUUCAUAUUGAUAGAGCUCCUCACAUCGUUCAGGAUGUAUCCUAAGAGAAAAGCUGGCCUUACUAUUCUAUCUACUUUCAUGAUUUGCUACUUAAUUUGGGUACAUGUGAUUUACUUCAACACUGGCAUUUGGGUGUACCCUAUUUUGAGUGUUCUAAACUGGCCCUUGAGAGUAGGUUUCUACUUAUUCUGUCUUGCAUUCGCUUGUGGUGCUUACUGUUUAGGAGAAAAUAUCAACAAAACAGUUUGGUCUACGGAGGUUGAAAAAACUGUAAGAUCUGGAAAGAAAAAGGCUAAAUAAUAAUUUAGUAACUACUUAGCUAGAAUAGGCUGGUGGUAAUCUCACCACUUGUGAGGUUUGUAAUUUGUCUAAGAUAUUCUUAUUGGUGGAUGGUUUAUGAAGUAGGAUGCAUUUUAACUAUGGCUUUGGAAGGAAAUUUAGAUUGUAGAAUUGAGGAAGAGUAAUAUUAUAAGUAAACCAUUUGCAUUUCUUUUUAUCUUAUUAUUUGAUUUUGAAGGAAGUGAUAAUAAAAACCCCAUAAUAUUUUUAUUUGUGUAGAAUGAGAUGCCUAUUGAUGCAUCUGUAUCCAGUCCAAACAUAUACCUACAUUAGUAAUGUUUAUAAUAAUGUGUGGAAUGAUAUUAUUUUAUACACACACUAUUGAUUGUUACCUAUACAUAUAGGUGAUUGUGUGUAGAUAUUAAGUAUUUCUUACUAGAAGUGUUCUUGAGUACUCAUAAUUUAUGCCUACAUUUUAAAAUGUGGUGUGAUUUCUUUUACUGUCUGAUUUAUUCUAGAAGUAUAUGACCGAUUACAAUUUUUUAUAAUUUCUAAUAUUAUAUUAAUUAUUUUAAAACCAUUUAAAUUCAUUAACAAAACCUAUUACCGCGAUCUUUUUGCGGAAGGACAAGACAAUGAAUACUGUUUUAAAAAAAAUAGUAAAAUCACGUGACUUUGCGCUAUUUUUUAAAUGCCGUGUUAACAUGUCGUGAUAAAAUAGACGUUUCAUUGUAAUAAACCGUAACAACCAGUUUUACCCACCUGCCAAUGUACAGUUAUUCAUCUCUGUAAUAUUCAAAUACUAGUUAUUUUAAGAACAAGGCUAUGUUUUAUCUACUGAAUGGUUCUCAAUGCGACUUGUUUCUUGAUUACGUAAUUAUAAUUGAGAUAACCACUUAUAUUAUAAUGAUAACAUGAAACAGACAUUGGUUGUGAAUGAAUUCAGCAAUAAAUAUACUAUGUAUUAAUUCAGAAAUUAAUACUCGUUGUCAGCAGUAAUCGAUUUCGCUGCUAAAUUAAAUGAAGGUUUUGUGAGUACCUACCAAUUUUAACGUACAAAUAAAGAGUUAAUCGUUUAAAUAGUUAAUUAUAUAAAUAGGUACUUAUGUAUAUCGUACUGUAGUUAAAUCUAAUCGUACUCGCUAGCAUGACUUGAUUCUUUAUUAUUGAUAAUAAUAAUAACUUACGUGUCUCUUGAAAUAUUACGUCAGCAUUAAAAAUAUGUAAUUGUGAAGCUUUAAUAUAUUAACGAAAAACAAAUUAAUCGCUUAUUGGCCUGAAUAUUGUGAGUGUGAACGAUAGAUAACGUAAUACUUACUUAGGUAUUUUACUUAAAAAACCGCAAGAACAUUCGUAUUUCUCAAGUGUUGAUUGAUAUUAAGCUUUAUUAGUAUCGUAAAUAAUAUUCAUAUUCAUAUACUCUUGCUGAAGAGUCACAAAUUGUUGAAAUAUUUUUAAGAAGAAAAUAAAACAAACUUUGUAUCUAUGUAAUUAUAAAGAUAACUCUUUGAUAUAGGUAGAGAAUAUCAUUCCAAACAGUACGAUAGGAGCUAAUUAGAAGCGUUACUCAUUGGUCUAUUAUCUGAUAUGUAAUUGUUAUUAUUUAUUUUGUUAUUUUUUUAUUGUAACCUUGACGUAGAAAUUGUUAAUUGCCGCUAGAGAUUGAUAGAAACCAGUGUUAAAUUAAAUUCAAUAUUGUUAAAUAAAGAUUUUAUAUUUUAUUUAAUAUUUAUUUUAAUUUAUUACAAAUACCAAAUAGUGUCCAAUAGAUUAACGUUGUUGGAAUAGAUUGGUAGACUUAGGUAUAUUUAUAAAGAGCUCUCUAUAGAAAUGGCUAGCAAGAGAAAAUAAAAAUAAGGCUUAUUCAUUGGAUGCGUUGUUUUUGAUCAAGGACCGGCUUAUGAUGUGGUUAUGCACUAAUUCUCUCUAGAAUUUACUAAACGGUUUGAUAACAAUGAUUUCGAUGGACUUUGGACUCCAUGACUAAUAUAAACCGAAGGUCGACGAGUCAUGGUACAAAAUAAUCAAUUUCUAGAGAGAAUGAUACGAUACGAUCAAAGGUCUACUCUAGGAACAAGUUUGUUAAUUGAGUCAGAUAAUUUUAAGAAGUUUUUGAUCGUCGUAUCGUGUGCGUAUUGUUUGCCCUUUGGUGCCUACCUAUUUUGGUCCAGUGCCUAUUCUGCCUAAAUAGACAAUGAAGUGUUCAAUCACUGUACGAAUGAACUUUAAGCAUCCGAUCAUUAUUGUAAGAAAGCAAUAAAUUUUAUAUAAGAAAUAAAUUGUUUAUAACAGC